GUUUGUCUUGGUUGUCAGUUAACGUCAAUAUCAGCUGAUAAACCAAAAUAAAAUCAUUGUUUUUUUAUGCUAAUCUAACUGAAAUAUAUUUUAAUGUUUUGAUUACAAUUUUAGAUUAAACACGAUGACACAGAUUUUAAGUUCAGAGAAACAAGGAUUAAUUUUCGAAAUACGGUCUGCCCGAAUAGUUGAGGAAACCGAAGAAACCAGAAAACAUGUCCUUUACACAGUACAAGUGAGAUUUUUGACUGGUAACGAUGAUAUGAGCCCCUCAGUUAUAGAACGAAGAUACACGCAUUUCUUCAACCUUUAUGAAUCCUUAUACGAAAAUUACCCGUUAUUAAUUCAAGACAUAGUGUUCCCAAGAAAAGUGCUCUUUGGAAACUUCGAAAAUGAACUUAUAUCAAAUAGAAGCAUGCAAUUUGAAGGUUUACUAAACUAUAUAGCCAGUAAGAGUAUACUUAGGUCUUCGAAAGCAAUGCAAGUGUUUUUACAAGAGCCCGAAUUGUCAAUAGCUAAAGAAUACAUUCAGGAGGACAAUUACAAGAGUGCUUAUGAAGUUUUAGAGAAAAACUUUAAAUUGAUUAAUAAGGUGUGUUUAGAUAGAUCUCCAGCGGUUAUUUUAACGUUAUCUAAAUUGGUAGGCGUGCUUGCCAAAUUGCCUAUAGACGAAAAUAACGUAAAAUGGGCCGAAUUGGCGAUAUACAGAUUUAAUGGGAUCAGUGAUAGUGAUUUACUGGAAAUAUACAUACCGUUGUUACAUACGUGCAUAGAUAUUUACUUGGCAGCCGACAAAGAUACAGGGGAUUUAGAAAAUCAACUGAGAACAUUUGAAAAACAAGGGAUCAAAGGAAGUGAUAAGAAAAACUUAUUUAACGCCAUAGAUAGUGUCGAAUUGAGAAUUUUAAAUUAGACUCUCUAUAUUAUGUUUAUUUUUAUUGAUAUAAUAGUCUUUAUAUACAUAUCCCUAAGUCAAUUAUCAAUUAAUGAAGGCUUAGAAAAUUAUCAUAUUUCUCACAUAUCAAUGAGUCAAGAGAUUGUUAUACACAUUAUUAUUUUUUAUACCCAAUUAUAAAUGAGAUUUAAAA